AUGUCAGCUUCGCAAACCCUAGGCGGUCCUUCUCGCUGCGGCCGUGCCUUAGGACCUUCUCUCGACAAGAUCGUUAAAAACGCUGCCUGGAGGAAGCACUCUCACCUCGUUUCCUCCUGCAAAUCGGUCCUCGACAAGCUUGAGUCACUCACCGAUUCGGAUUCAAAUUCACACUCUCCUCUCUUCGGUGUCUCCCCUUCCGAUGCCGAAUUUGUUCUCAAGCCGAUUGUUCUUGCCUUGGAUUCGGCUUACGCCAAGGUUGUGGAGCCCGCACUCGAAUGCCUUUUCAAAUUGUUUUCCUCAGGCCUAAUUCGAGGUGAGAUCGAUAAUAGUUCCCCAAACUUGAUCAGUUUUAAGAUAAUUGAGAGUGUUUGUAAGGUUUGUGGGAUUGGUGAGGAAGCGGUUGAGGUUUCUGUGCUUAGAGUUUUGCUAUCUGCUGUUCGAUCUCCUUGUGUUUUGAUUCGCGGUGAAUGUUUAGUGCAUAUUGUUAGGACUUGUUAUAACGUUUAUCUUGGUGGAUUGAAUGGGACCAAUCAGAUCUGUGCGAAAUCGGUACUUGCACAGAUUAUGGUUGUUGUUUUUAGUAGAGUUGAAGAGGAUUCCAUGGAUGUUGAUGUUAAAACGGUUUCUGUUGGUGAGUUGUUACAGUUUACUGAUAAGAAUUUGAAUGAAGGGAGUUCUAUUUAUUUUUGUCAGAAUUUUGUUAAUGAGGUUAUGGUGGCGAGUGAAGGGGUUCCUGAUGAUAAGUUGUUAUUGCAUAGUCAGCCGUCUGAUAAACUCCAAAAUGGCAGUGGCGGUACUGCUGCUGCUGCUGAUAAAGUAGCCGAAGGGGAUCAUAAAAGUGAAUUGGGCAAUAAGGAAGCAAAUGGUGAAGCUGAAACGGAUGGUGGUAGUGGCAGUGGUGAAGCUGCAGGGAGUAAGAUUAGGGAAGAUGGGUUUCUUCUUUUUAGGUAUCUGUGCAAAUUGUCAAUGAAAUUCUCAUCGCAGGAGAGCCCAGAUGAUCAAAUUCUUUUGAGAGGGAAGAUUUUGUCUCUUGAGUUGCUUAAGGUGAUCAUAGACAAUGGGGGUCCAAUUUGGCGCAAUAAUGGAAGGUUUCUCAACACUAUUAAGCAAUUCCUAUGCUUGUCAUUGAUAAAGAACAGUGCAUUGUCAGUUAUGGCUAUUUUCCAGCUCCAGUGUUCCAUUUUUAUGAUGUUGUUAGUGAAGUUCAGAUCUGGAUUGAAGGAAGAAAUUGGAAUAUUUUUUCCUAUGCUUGUCCUUCGAGUGCUUGAGAAUGUUAACCAGCCUAGCUUCUUACAGAAAAUGACUGUCCUGAAUUUUUUGGACAAAAUCAGCCAGGAUUCCCAGAUCAUUAUUGAUAUUUUCGUAAACUAUGACUGCGAUGUGGAUGCUCCAAACAUAUAUGAAAGGAUUGUCAAUGGACUUCUGAAAACUGCUCUAGGACCGCCUACUGGUUCAACAACAACUUUGUCCUCAGUUCAGGACAUUACUUUUAGGCAUGAAUCUGUGAAAUGCUUGGUUAGCAUCAUAAGGUCAAUGGGUGCUUGGAUGGAUCAACAGUUGAGAAUCGGAGAUUCCUAUUUGCCUAAGAGCUCUGAAAGUUCUACUUCAACUGAGAAUCUUUCAACCCUGAAUGGAGAAGAUGCAAGUUCCCCUGAUUAUGAUUUGCAUUCAGAAGUGAACUCUGAAAUGUCUGAUGCUGCCACCCUUGAACAACGUCGGGCAUAUAAAAUUGAACUCCAGAAAGGUAUCUCCAUAUUCAAUAGGAAACCUUCCAAGGGCAUUGAGUUUCUGAUAAAUGCCAAAAAAGUUGGUGGUUCUCCAGAAGAAGUUGCUGCCUUCCUGAAAAACACUACAGGCUUGAAUGAAACAAUGAUUGGUGACUAUUUGGGUGAAAGGGAUGAGUUUUGCUUGAGAGUUAUGCAUGCUUAUGUGGACUCAUUUAACUUUAAAGCAAUGGAUUUUGGUGAAGCGAUAAGGUUUUUCUUACGCGGCUUUAGGUUACCUGGAGAGGCACAGAAGAUUGAUCGUAUCAUGGAAAAGUUUGCUGAGCGCUAUUGUAAAUGUAAUCCAAAUUCAUUUACCAGUGCAGAUACUGCUUACGUUCUUGCGUACUCUGUGAUAUUGCUCAAUACUGAUGCUCAUAGCAGCAUGGUGAAAGAUAAGAUGAGCAAGGCUGAUUUUAUUCGGAACAACAGAGGAAUAAAUGAUGGCAAGGAUUUGCCUGAAGAGUAUCUGGGCACUCUCUAUGAUCAAAUUGUGAAAAAUGAAAUUAAGAUGAGUGCCGAUUCUUCUGUUCCUCAAAGCAAGCAGGCUAACAGCUUAAAUAAGCUAUUAGGUUUGGAUGGUAUACUCAAUCUAGUUAUUGGGAAGCAGACUGAGGAAAAGGCAUUGGGUGCAAAUGGGCUUCUUAUCAGGCAUAUCCAAGAGCAGUUUAAGGCAAAGUCAGGAAAAUCAGAGUCUAUUUAUCAUGUUGUAACAGAUGCAGCAAUUCUGAGAUUUAUGGUUGAGGUCUGCUGGGGUCCUAUGCUGGCUGCAUUUAGUGUGACACUUGAUCAGAGUGAUGAUAGGCUCGCUACAUCUCAGUGCUUACAGGGGUUUCGAUAUGCUGUGCAUGUUACUGCAGUCAUGGGUAUGCAGACCCAGAGAGAUGCUUUUGUUACAUCCGUGGCCAAGUUUACGUAUCUCCACUGUGCUGCGGAUAUGAAGCAAAAAAAUGUAGAUGCUGUGAAGACAAUAAUAUCAAUUGCCAUUGAAGAUGGCAACAAUCUUCACGAUGCUUGGGAGCAUAUCUUAACUUGCCUCUCCCGUAUUGAGCAUCUGCAACUGCUUGGAGAAGGUGCGCCACCUGAUGCCUCUUAUUUGACUCCAUCUAAUGGUGAAACAGAUGAAAAAACACUGAAGUCAAUGGCUUAUCCUUCUCUCAAGAGAAAAGGAACCCUCCAGAAUCCAGCUGUAAUGGCUGUUGUUAGAGGGGGUUCAUAUGAUAGUACCACUGUUGGAGUCAAUUCUCCAGGACCAUUAACUCCAGGGCAGAUUAAUAAUUUCAUUUCAAAUUUGAAUUUGCUCGACCAGAUAGGGAAUUUUGAAUUGAACCAUGUGUUUGCUAGUAGCCAAAGGUUGAACAGUGAAGCAAUAGUAGCUUUUGUGAAAGCUCUUUGCAAAGUUUCAAUAUCUGAGUUGCAAUCUCCAACGGAUCCUCGUGUAUUUAGCCUCACGAAAAUCGUAGAAAUUGCGCAUUAUAAUAUGAACCGCAUCAGAUUAGUUUGGUCUCGCAUAUGGAAUGUUCUCUCUGACUUUUUUGUAUCAGUUGGCUUAUCAGAAAAUCUCUCUGUUGCAAUUUUUGUGAUGGAUUCUCUGAGACAACUUGCUAUGAAAUUCUUGGAGCGUGAGGAGUUGGCAAAUUACAACUUCCAGAAUGAAUUUUUGAGGCCAUUUGUGAUUGUUAUGCAGAAAAGCAGUUCUACAGAGAUCAGGGAAUUAAUAGUUAGGUGCAUUUCACAGAUGGUCCUUAGUCGUGUUAGUAAUGUGAAAUCUGGGUGGAAAAGUGUUUUUAUGGUUUUUACUGUUGCUGCAGCUGAUGAGCGGAAGAAUAUUAUCCUGUUGGCUUUUGAGACGAUGGAAAAAAUAGUCCGAGAAUACUUUCCUUAUAUAACCGAGACAGAGACUACAACUUUCACCGACUGCGUUAGAUGCCUCACCACCUUCACAAAUAGCAGAUUUAAUAGCGAUGUGAGCCUCAAUGCAAUUGCGUUUCUCCGAUUCUGUGCUCUGAAACUUGCAGAUGGAGGACUUAUUUGCAAUGUAAAGAGCAGGGUUGAUGGUCCAUCCAUCCCAGGAGUAGAUGGGGUUGCUUUGGAUGUAGAAAACCCUAGUGAUAAAGAUGAUCAUGCAUCCUUUUGGAUUCCUUUGCUAACAGGGUUAUCGGAACUAACAUCUGAUCCCAGAUCAGCUAUUCGAAAGAGUGCUCUAGAAGUCCUAUUUAACAUUCUCAAUGACCAUGGCCAUCUUUUCUCACGCUCAUUUUGGAUCACUGUUUUCAAUUCCAUCAUUUUCCCCAUAUUUGGUUGUGUCAGUGACAAGAAAGAUGUUAAAGAUCAGGAUUCCCCAACUGCAGCAUCGCCUCAUCCAGAAGGAAGUACAUGGAAUUCGGAAACGUCUGCAGUUGCAGUCCAGUGUCUGGUAGACCUGUUUGUCAACUUUUUCAAUGUGGUUAGGUCUCAACUACUUAGUGUAGUAUCUAUAUUGAUGGGAUUCAUUAGGAGUCCUGUUAAGGGUCCUGCUAGCACUGGGGUUGCAGCACUGUUGCGUUUAGCAGGUGAACUGGGCAGCAGGAUUUCAGAAGAUGAAUGGAGAGAGAUUAUUCUAGCUUUGAAAGAGGCUGCUGCAUCACUGUUACCAGGUUUUAUGAAGGUCUUAAGAACCAUGGAUGGUAUUGAGAUGCCUGAAAGCUCUCAUCCUUAUGUGGAUGUGGAGUUUUCUUCUGACCAUGGCUUCACAAAUGAUGAUCUUGAGGAUGACAAUCUCCAAACUGCAGCAUAUGUGGUUUCAAGAGUGAAGAGUCAUAUUGCUGUGCAGCUACUUAUUGUGCAGGUUCUAAGUGAUUUAUACAAAGCAAACCAACAAUUCUUGUCAGCAGCCAAUGUCAGAAUCCUUAUGGAUAUAUUUUCCUCAAUAGCAUCACAUGCCCACCAGCUGAAUUCCGAGACGAACCUGCUGAGGAAACUGCAGAAAGCAUGCUUUAUUGCCGAAGUCUCUGACCCUCCAAUGGUACAUUUUGAAAACGAGUCCUAUGAGAAUUACCUUAACUUCCUCCUAGAUUUACUCAACGAUAAUCCGUCCAUGUCUGAGGCGAUGAACGUAGAAGAGCAACUUGCAGCAGUGUGUGAAAAGAUAUUGCAGAUUUAUCUGAACUGUACUGGGUUGCAGACCCAACAGCAAAAUCCUGCAAACGAGCCAGUGAUACACUGGAUUCUUCCCUUAGGUUCGGCCAAAAAGGAAGAAUUGGCAGCAAGGACUUCUUUGCUUUUGUCAGCUUUGCGGGUAUUAAGCGGUCUAGAAAGGGAUUCAUUUAGGGCUCAUGCCCGACAAUUCUUUCCUUUGUUGGUAGAUCUUGUACGGUGUGAGCAUAACUCCGGAGAAGUACAGCGUCUUCUAAGCGAUAUUUUCCGAUCAUGUAUAGGCCCCCUCAUAAUGGGAUGA